AUGUCGUCCCCCGCGCCCCUCCUUCGACCCCCAAUCCCCGGCGGUCGCGCCCAAAGUGGAAGUCGCCCACCACGCCUCGGCCUCUCUAUCCCCGCCUCACCCAGCGCGAGACCCGUUGUGAAUGGCGCGAGCGAUGCGGCGGUACCCACCCUCGGCCGCCCUAUGCCACCACAGCUGCGGCUUGCGACACCCAUGGGCUCCAACACCACACCACAUGAAGGCCGACAGAACCCACGGGGGCUACCCCCGCUACAGAUUGGCACAGGGCUCUCGGCAGGAGGCUCGAGCGAUGCGAGCGCACACUCGAGAUCAGGGAGCUUUGGCGAGGUACAGGCAAAUGGGUCAGCCUCAUCAUAUCAGGCUGCCUUGGGCUUUCCUGGCCUACAAAAAGGCUCAGAUCCUAUUUCAGCCAUAUCUCAAGGGGGAAGUGAAGGCGCCCCGUCGAUGGAGAGGGAGAACAGUAGCCAGCCAAUACCAGAUUUGGAGGCCCUGGCUCUAGAGAAGGGACGACCGCUAGAAGUCGACGAUCUCGAUGACGCUGGAUGGAGGGCGGCGAGCGCCAAAGGCAUGAUAGAAGAGAAGGGGAGCCUGGGCGAAGGUGCUGGCGGUGCUGUCACAAAAUGCAUACUGAAAGGUGGAAAGACCACAUUCGCGUUAAAGAUUAUCACAACCAACCCUGAUCCAGACGUCAAGAAACAAAUUGUGCGAGAACUGUCAUUCAACAAGAACUGUGCCAGUGACCACAUCUGCCGGUACUAUGGCGCUUUUAUGGAUGACAGCACAGGCACCAUCAGUAUCGCUAUGGAGUUCUGCGAAGGUGGUUCCCUUGAUGCAGUCUAUCGGGAGGUCAAGAAAUUGGGAGGCCGCACUGGUGAGAAGGUUCUUGGUAAGGUCGCGGAAGGCGUCUUGAACGGAUUGACCUACCUCCACUCCCAUCGUAUCAUUCACCGAGAUAUUAAGCCUAGCAACAUUCUGUUGUGUCGAAACGGCCAAGUGAAGCUGUGCGAUUUCGGUGUGUCCGGAGAGUUUGGAACCAAAGGAGACGCCAAUACCUUCAUUGGCACAUCAUAUUACAUGGCACCCGAACGCAUCACCGGACAGAGCUACACCAUCACCAGUGACGUGUGGAGCUUGGGCGUGACUUUGCUUGAAGUCGCACAACAUCGCUUCCCUUUCCCAGCAGACGGAACAGAGAUGAACCCCCGUGCUGGUCUCAUCGACCUGCUGACCUACAUUGUCCGACAACCUAUCCCAAAGCUCAAGGACGAGCCAGAGAGCGGCAUCAAGUGGACAGAGAACUUCAAGUACUUCAUUGAGUGCUGUCUUGAGAAAGACUGUCCUCGACGAGCUACGCCCUGGCGCAUGCUUGAGCAUCCCUGGAUGAUCGAGAUGAAGUCCAAGAAGGUCAACAUGGGCCACUUCCUCAAGCAGGUGUGGGACUGGAAGGAGUAA